AUGUUUAACCAUCCGGAGUGGAUAUCAUAUCAUCCAAACAGCAUCUGGAACGAAACGAAUGAAAAAUGGGAUGAAGGUGAUAUGGGAUGGAGAACAGUAGGUGUAACACCGAAUAGAUUUAUUGAUAUUCCAGGCGACAUAGAGACAAAGGAGAAGGGGAUUUUACCAAUAAGCUUUUUAGAUAUGUUUCCAAGAAGGUGGUAUUCUGUUGUUGAAUUUCCUAGUGGGAGGCUUGAGAUAGGUUACUAUUCAAAUAUAAUUGACCUGGAUAUAUAUGUAAUACUAGAGGCUGAUCGAGGAGAGGAUUGUGGAAAAAUAAUUGGAAACAUGAGUGAACAUGAAUUUGAGAGCUCCGUCUUGAGUUUGAGAGACAUGAAAGCAGAGUUUGAGCCAAAAAAGAUACUCAGAAAGGCAUCGGCUGAUGAUCUUAGUAAGCUAAAGCAAAGAAAAAAAAUAGAAAUCGAAUCUUUAAGGCAAUGCAAAGAGUUGGUAAGUGCUCGAAAUUUAAAUAUGGAAAUAUUAAGCUGUGAGUACCAAUGGGACAUGAAGAAGAUAACGUUUUACUUCAAAAGCGAUAAGAGAAUAGACUUCAGAGAUCUGCUAAAGGAAUUGUUCAAAAUAUUCAAAGUAAGAAUUUGGAUGUGUGCAGAAAGAAGAACCAAUAACGAUCUAAUUAAAAAGAUAUUAGGAUAA